AUGGUCUUCUCGCGCUGCCAAAGAGAAUGGCGACCUGCAGACCCAAAGGCGGAAGAAAAACCCGUUUCAGGUACUAUCAAGCUGUGGCCGCAGGUGCUUGUAGCGCUGACUGCAUCACUGGCUCACCUCUCACUCGGCACCGUCUUAGCGUACCCAGCCAUCGCAGUACCACAACUAACUAAGCCACUUCUUCCUGAACUGAAUCGGCGGCACAACGCAACGCUGCGGGAAACGUACAACCAAAGCCAGGUCGGGGAAGCUCCUCCUUUAGUUUAUCUCCUCGACAACUCCACGGAAUCUCUGGACCGCCUGAACUAUACCCUGACGCCGUCUAGCACGCCCUCGUCUCGGCUCCCCCGCCCCCACGAGGUCUGGCUGUCGCACUCGCAGGCCACCUGGUUUGCCUCCGUGCACACGACGGGGGCGAUCGUGGGCUCCGUGGUGUGUGGGCCUCUCGUCAGCGUGAUGGGUCAGCGCAGAGCCAUCCUUAUCACCUCUCCUUUCAUUCUGGCUUCGUGGCUUACCAUUUGGGCCGCGUCUUUAUUCUCUCUUUUGGUCAGUGCUAGGUUAGUGCUUGGGAUAUGCAUUGGCGUCACGGGAACGGCUGCUCAAAUUUACAACGUUGAAAUCGCCCACGAGUCGGUCCGCGGCUCUCUCACCUGCCUGACGGAUUUCUUCGUCGGUUUGGGUCUCCUUUUCACCUACGCCCUGGGUAUGUCUGGCCUGGAAUGGAGGUGGACGGCCUUCACUCUUGGUCUCGUCAUCAACCUCCCCCUCACCAUUGGCAUUGCGAUGUUCCCCGACUCGCCUCGCUGGCUGGCCACCAGGGGGCGCAAAGAGGACGCCAGGAAGGCUCUCUCGUUCCUCAGGGGAAGCAGCUACGAUGUGUCGGCCGAGCUCGAGAAUAUAAUGAAGGCUGGAAAUGGAGGGUCCAAAAACACGUUAGGACAGCAAGUGCGUAGUUUGAAGACCCCUGGUGUAUACAUGCCCUUCCUGACCAGCUGCGGUUUGUUCGUCUUCACUCAGUUCUCCGGCCCUUAUGUAAUGUACAGCUACACGAUCUACAUCUUCCAGGCAGCUAAAGUUGGCGUCAGUCCUUAUCUAUCGUCUGUCCUGGUGGGCGUGGCCCGAGUGGUGGGCUCUGCCGUCGGACUUGUAGUCGUGGAGCGCGCAGGACGCCGCCCGGCCAUGAUGGUGGGCGGCAUAGGCGCAUCUCUCUCCCUGGGCUGCCUUGGCUUCUACUUCUUUCUGCAGAACGGUCACGGAGGAGUUCGUUUUGAACAGUGGCUUCCCUUGGCUUCCAUGAUAUCGUACACCUUGAUUGUGGGAGCAACAAUUAGUCCUAUUCCAUUCUUGCUCUCGAGCGAACUGCUGCCUCUCUCCUUCAGGUCGUUGGGAUCUGCUGUUUCCAAGAUCGUCUUCUACUUAGCGAGUAUGGUGGCAACGUGUUCCUUCCCAACGCUGAAAGAGAACUUAGGCCCGGAAGUCGUUUUUUGGCUGUACGCUGUGUCUGCUCUCUCGCUCGUCCUGUUGGUGUGGAGGACGCUUCCUGAGACGAAAGGUCGCACGCUGGAGGAGAUUGAGGAAUAUUACAAAGGACUUAAUAAAUAAGCUGACUCAGUGCAGGUCCAAAUCAACUCUUAGUCUCCAACUACUUGAAAAGGAGUGUUUUAGGAUGUGAUACUCCUGCAGGGCUCUCAUGUGGCAAGCUGACUCGUGACCUUCACUAAGGUUAUGCACGCAGAAUUAUGGUUUUCUUGCACUCCACUUACUGGCGUUAAAUUUGUGAUACGACUGUGAAUUCACAAAAAAGACAAUUCAAUGAUGUGUAAGAAAUAGC